AUGUUGUCUAAACCAAAUUGGGUGUUGGUGACCGGUGGGGCUGGCUACAUCGGCUCCCAUACGGUGGUAGAAUUGAUCGAAAAUGGCUACAAAUGUGUGGUAGUGGACAACUUGUGCAAUUCAAGUUACGAGUCGAUCGCCCGUCUACAAGUUCUAACAAAGACUGAAAUUCCGUUCUUCCAAGUUGACCUCACAGAUGAAGAAGGUGUGUCUAAGAUCUUUCAGCAAUAUCCGAUAGACUCGGUCAUCCAUUUUGCCGGUUUAAAGGCAGUUGGAGAAUCUACCAGUAUCCCGCUGAAAUAUUACCAUAAUAACAUCGUCGGAACGCUUGUGUUGCUGGAAACUAUGCGCAAGUUUGGAACCAAGAAACUUGUAUUCUCCUCCUCCGCAACUGUCUACGGCGACGCGACUAGGUUUUCCGACAUGAUACCCAUUCCGGAAGAGUGUCCGACUCAACCAACGAAUCCUUAUGGGAAAACUAAACUAGCAAUCGAAGAAAUACUGACAGAUCUACACGCUAGUGAGCCUGAAAAAUGGAAGUUUGCAGUCCUUCGGUAUUUUAAUCCCAUAGGUGCCCAUCCAUCGGGACUUAUUGGCGAGGAUCCAUUAGGAAUUCCGAACAAUCUGCUACCUUACAUGGCUCAAGUAGCUGUGAAAAGAAGAGAGAAGUUGUUUAUAUUCGGGAACGACUAUGACUCUAGAGAUGGCACGCCAAUUAGAGAUUACAUUCAUGUAGUGGACUUGGCUCGUGGUCACAUAGCGUCGCUAAAAUAUCUUGACCAGAUUGGAGGCGGACAGGGAAUUUGUCGCGCUUGGAACCUGGGAUCUGGGACAGGUUCCACUGUUAUCGAAGUCUACAAAGCAUUCUGUCUCGCUUGUGGCAUUGAGCUGCCGUUUGAAGUCGUUGGCCGCAGGACAGGAGACGUUCUCAACCUGACUGCCAAACCUGAUAGAGCUACCAAGGAAUUGCAAUGGAAAACGGAGAUGUGUGUAGCAGAUGCCUGCAAAGACCUUUGGAAUUGGACAACGGGAAAUCCAUUUGGCUACCAAAUAAUGGGCGUCGUCGACACAUUUUUCAACGUACCGGGAGAUUACGGCUCUCGUCUAAUUACCGUUGGAAGAGGAUCGGGGUUUGAGGCGUCUUUCACCAACGUGGGUGCGACGCUGGUGGACCUGAAUGUCAAUGGGAAGUCAGUCGUAAUAGGGCUUGCCAAUGAAGCUGAGUAUCUUGACGAAUCUAAUCCAUAUUUGGGUACCACCAUAGGGCGCUAUGCAAAUCGAAUUUACGAUGGGAGCUUUACUUUAGAAGGCACCAAAGUUCAGCUAGCGUUGAACGAAAAGAACGCCACGCUGCAUAGUUCUCUACAAUCAUUUCACAAGCAGAGAUUUUUGGGUCCGCUCGUUGUCAAUCUCAACAAAAAUGAAUAUACUGUGAAGUACAUUCUGGUUGACAAAGGGACUCAAUUUCCAGGUGACGUUGUUGUUUCUGUCACUUACGGAAUAAACAUAAAAUUACAAACACUAACAGUCGAGUACGAGGGCCACUUGACAAAAGGCCCCGCGACCGUAAUGAACCUAACAAAUCACUCCUAUUUCAAUCUCAACAUGUUCCAAAAUAGCAGCUGUGAUGGCACCAAAUUUAACAUUUUAUCGGAUAAGGUACUUGAGAUAGAUCUAAAUGGCAAACCCACUGGUAAAUUUGUCAGCCCAGGAAAUGCAUCAAAAUUCAUUCUCAGUCCGUCAGGGCCUCAUUUCGAUACUUGCUUUGUAACAGAUGCCGAGGCAACCAUAGACACUCGGACCAAUGAUUUGAAACCUGUACUGACAGCCCAACAUCCACUCUCUGGCCUUAAACUGACCAUACUAACAACGGAACCCAGCUUCCAGUUUUACAAUAAAGGACCAGGGUACAUAAAACAUCACGGAGAAAGGUUCGGCUUCUGCUGUGAGCCUGAGAGGUUCAUCAACGCUGUCAACGUUAACGAGUGGAGAGAUUCGGUUAUUCUAAAGCAAGGAGAAGUCUAUGGUUCGCGCAUCGUCUACAAGUUUGAAACUGGUGCCCCAGAACUUUCUUCGUGA